CCGAAACAAACGUAAACAUGGCCUUGCUGAGCAGACAGGGCUCCGUGUUGAGUCUAAUUCGGAAUUAUUUAAAUCUAACGUCUCCACAGUCUUAUCUUCUUCCAACAUGUACUCACGUUCAACAUAUGAAUUAUGCCAAACCAGCAAUGCCCAAGAUGAAAGGAAAAGGAAAGCUUGGUCCAGCUGUUGAGAAAGUGCGUCUUCCAGUAGAGACAGACCCAGUGAAGUUAGCAAACUUUGUCUGUGGAUCAGACCCAGUAAAGGAAAACCCACAAGACAUCCAGUUAAAGGAUGAUUCUGAAUACCCAGAUUGGCUGUGGACUCUGAGGACAGGUAAACCACCACCUCUGAGGGAAAUGGACCCCAACACGAAGCAGUACUGGAGGAGAUUACGAACCAUGGCCAUGAAAGAAAAGAAUCUGCUCAGAAAAACAGGAAAGCGAUAGAGGGAAUGCUGGAAUUACUUGAAAAGGCUGGAACUUUUAGCAACUGUUGUUCGAGUGAAAAUUUAAAUCUGUACAUAAUUUUUUUUGUUUUGAUUUUGUAUAAAGAAAUAAAUAGAUAAAAGAU